GGCAGACCGCUCAGUGGAACUCCCGAGACACACAAAGCUCACCAUUUUAGGGCAGUGCUGAAAUAUAGAAAAAGAUGGCUCAGACCAACCCCAUGAACCCCAUGAACCCCAUGAACCCCAUGCCCAUGGGACCAUGGAAGAUCACCGUGUACGACCAGGAGUGGUUCCAGGGAAAGCGUGUGGAGUUCACCGCCUGCUGCCAGAACAUCAUGGAGUGUGGCAUGGAGAACAUCCGCUCCCUGAAGGUCGAGUGUGGAGCCUGGGUUGGCUAUGAGCACUCCAGUUUCUGCGGACAGCAGUUCAUCCUGGAGAAGGGUGACUACCCCUGUUUCGAGGCCUACAUGGGCAGCAACUCUUACCGUAUCGAGAGGAUGAUCUCCUUCAGGCCCAUCUGCUCAGCUAGCCACAAGGAGUCCCGUAUGACCAUCUACGAGCAGGAGAACAUGAUGGGUCGUCAGUUUGAGCUGUGCGAUGACUACCCCUCCCUGCAGGCCAUGGGAUGGAUGCACAACGAGGUGGGAUCCAUGCAUAUCCAGAGCGGAGCUUGGGUGUGCUACCAGUUCCCCGGUUUCCGUGGCUACCAGUACAUCAUGGAGUGCGACUGCCACAGUGGAGAGUACAAGUGCUACCGUGAGUUUGGAUCCCACUCCCAGACUCCCCAGAUCCAGUCCAUCAGGAGGAUUCAGCACUAAGCAGGAAACACCUUCUCCUCUCCUCCUAUCCCUCUUCCUUAUUCUCCUCCACCUCUAUCCCUCUUCCUCCUCCCCUCUCCCCUGCCCUUCCCGGCUCCGCUGGUCCGGCUAGUCCAAGCAGGAUCUUAGGCCGGGCUUCAGGUGCUUACCGGCGUCACGUGUUCACAGCACUUUUUAAAAAACCCAUCUCUAAAAAGAAAGGAAGAACGAAUUCAAGAAAGACAGAACAUGGGGAUGACAGAACUGAGAGAAAGAGUAGUAACGUGUACGUGAAUCCACGACUCCAGAGGCUGGCUGCGGAACGGCGAAACACCUCGGGCUUUUGCUCCUUUUCAUCCAAACCAUCGGCAUCAUCAUUGUCUUCUUCAUCAUCACCACCAUCACCACCACCAUCACCACCACCAUCACCACCACCAUCAUCAUCAGUGUUGCUGUUACUGUGGUUUUCAUGAUCACCAUUGUUUAAGACUGAUGAAUAAAGAAAAUGAGCAAAGAA